AUGUCUUCCUCUCUCGACCAGCUCAAGGCCACCGGUACCGUAAGUCCCCAUCCAUGCUCGAGGUACAGCCUCUGGGAUCGGCAUUUGAAAGGAGAACGAAGCUGAUUGAGGCUCCGCUACUGAACAGACCGUCGUCUGCGACUCUGGUGACUUCGCCACCAUUGGCAAAUACAAGCCUCAAGAUGCCACCACCAACCCAUCCUUGAUCCUCGCCGCCUCCAAGAAGCCCGAGUACGCCAAGCUCAUCGACGAUGCGGUCGAGUACGGAAAGAAGCACGGUAGCACCGAGGAUGAGAAGGUCGACGCCACUCUUGACAAUCUGCUUGUGCAGUUCGGAAAGGAGAUCUUGAAGAUUGUCCCAGGCAAGGUUUCCACCGAGGUCGACGCAAAAUUUUCCUUCGACAAGAAGGCCUCCAUCGAGAAGGCUCUCCACAUCAUCGAAGUGAGUCAACACGAGCUAGCACAUGAAUGGGCACGAUCAAGAGACUGACAACUGCAACAGCUGUACAAGGACCAGGGCAUUGACAAGUCUCGCGUCCUCAUCAAGCUAGCGUCGACAUGGGAGGGUAUCCAGGCCGCCCACGAGCUCCAGACUAAGCACGGCAUCAACUGCAACCUGACCCUCAUGUUCUCCCUGGUCCAGGCCAUUGCAGCUGCUGAGGCCGGUGCCUUCCUCAUCUCCCCAUUCGUCGGCCGUAUCCUCGACUGGUACAAGGCCAACACCAAGCAGGAGUACGCCAAGGAGAACGACCCUGGUGUCAAGUCCGUACAGCAGAUCUUCAACUACUACAAGAAGUUUGGCUACAAGACCAUCGUCAUGGGAGCUUCCUUCCGAAACAUUGGCGAGAUCACGGAGCUCGCCGGCUGCGACUACCUGACCAUUGCGCCCAACCUCCUGGAGCAGCUCUACAACAGCCAAGAUCCCGUCCCCCAGAAGCUCAAGUCCGAGGACGCAUCAGCGCUCAACAUUGAGAAGAAGAGCUACCUCAACGACGAGGCUGCCUUCCGCUUCGACUUCAACGAGGACACCAUGGCGGUGCACAAGCUGUCCGAAGGUAUCAGCAAGUUUGCCGCCGAUGCCGUCACACUCAAGGACAUUUUGAAGCAGAAGAUUGGAGCAUAA